GAUGCGGUCGUAUCAUACUAUCACUUUUAUAAAUCAAUAAGCGAUGCCUUCGGUGACUAUAGCGGUGAUUUUCACGAUUUUCUCAAAUUGUUCAUGAAUGGCAAAGUACACUAUGGUGAUUGGUUCAGAUACACUUUGGAUUGGUGGAAAUACAUCCAAAAUAAAACAAAUAUAUUGUGUUUAAAGUACGAAGACAUGAAACAGGAUCCAAGGGGAGCAACUGUGAAAAUUGCUGACUUUCUUGGAUAUACCUUGGAUGAUGUUACCAUUGAUAAAAUAACAGAUCAAUGUUCUAGCAAGACUAUGAAGAAAAAUAAGCAGGUUGAAAAGGAAAUGGUACGAAAAGCAAUUGUCGGUGACUGGAAAAAUCAUUUCACAGUUGCUGAGAAUGAGGCUUUUGAACAGAUUUACAAUGAGAAAAUGGAAGGCUCUGGAUUAGUAUUUGAAUGGUGAACAUCGGAAAUACAGCAACUUUUGAAUUAUAUCGAUGCUAAACGUGAUUAAUCAAUUUGCAUUGAUUUGUGUGUAAGCAUUACAUCGCAAGUUUAAUUAAAGUCAACCGUAAUUUACAAA